AUGCUACUUCAUGAACAAAGACAAUCUGUUAGCCUAGCAUCGACUUACAGGGGGUCUUCCCAGCGUGUGCCUUACGCGGAACUUACGGAGCUUUCAAUAGUCUAUGCUGUAACCAUUGCCGCAAUAAACCUCAUUCACCCGAAGCAGCAUUGGAUGCCUCCUUAUCCCCUCGGAGAAAACAGCAAUCAUUGGGAAAAUGCUGUUGCUUUCCGGUUAGGCAUGUGCAGCAAAAUUCUAGCAGCGAAGAUCACCGCUGCUGCCCUGCGACCCCCUGCGUCUGCGUGUGCGGCAGAAAGGCUUAAUAACUGCCGUUUUCUCGGCGGCGCAACAACAGCGUGUCACAACCCCUCAACCGAUGCUGUAGUCCACUUUUGCUUCCGUGCUGAGGAGGCUUUUGCAGGGUCGCUCUGUUUUCCUGUUGUGCGGCGUGCAGCUGCGGGAGCAGUCUCGGACGCUCUAUGCUGUCAAGGGCCCAGGAGAGACUUUUCAACAGAAAUGCAAUUUAGAAUGAACAAUGCAAUGCGAAUGUAUCCACACAGGUAUACCUUAGGUUCACGUUUCAAUAUGGGCUACCACAUUAGAGACACCAGUCCUCCCCCUAACUGCGUGCACGAGACCUCGGACAAUCCAGUUCCAGUUGCACUCAGGGAAGCUGGCGCAGUGCUCCCAUCAGCUGCGUACCAGUCUAAAGCGGUAAUACUACCACCUGAGGGCUAUAACCCUCCCCAUCCAUCGCAGACUUUCCUCCCUUGCCAGGCUUGGGAUUAUUCCGUUGAUCAAGGGUCACAAAAUAGGAAAUUAAUCCCCGUGAUCCCGCCGCCUCUGUCGCCUCGAGCUGACCGGACCCUCCUUGAGCCAUUUAGGCCAAGGUGUGACGCUACAGGUCCAGGCAGGAGUCACUUUCCGCAGCUGGGGUGGGGGUCACCCCAGGAGUUCUUGACAACUGGAUCCACCCAACCCGGGAAUACGCCACGCGACGCUUUCUUGGCGGCCAGUUUCCCGCGCACCGUAGAAUAUGUCGGAUUGAUGCAUAUAGAAAAGGAGUGCGUGGGCGGUGACCUCGCAAGUGAAAGGGAAAAGGCGGGAGGCACAGCUUGCGAAAAGACAAAGCCAGUGGAAGCUGCGGAGCAUGAGGAACAGCAAGACUACAAGGAUGCAACAGAGGCUUCUGAGCCGUUAGAAUCGUUUGGGGGCGAUAAAAUGAGUGCGAAAGAAGCAUCACCGAUUUCUCUCCUUCCUCGUCAGGUGCCUGAUGGAGGGGAGAAGAAGGCGGCCGACGAGGACUGCGCGACACUACAGGCCAACCAAUCUUCAGAAGACGACCAAACAAGCCUUGAAAGCCGACCGCUACCAUCAGGGAGGCCGGAAGAAUCUCAGCGCGAUGUCAUGGAGGAGGCACAAGAAGGCAGAGAGGCUGCUGGUAAAGGUGAUGCUGAAGAAGGGGACGCUACAUUACAUGAGAACCAAGAAAAUAAUGCAGCCAAUUCUGGCGUGCCUUCAUCCGACAAGCUUCUGGUAACGGAAGCAAGGGGGGAUCAAACAGUAGAUGCGGACAAAUCAUCAACUAUUGGCAUUAGCAUGUGCAGCGAUGAGCUUAACGGGACAAAAAAAAAGGCUCCGGUUAUCUCCAUGACUUUUACAGCCGUGGGGUUUGCCAAUCCGGAAUCAACUACGCCUCGACAUGCCAAGACCCAAGGGCCACUUCUUGGGGGGAUCGAAGGCUCGAGCGAUAUGGCUGGCAACGCGCAGAUCCGGCCAAUCGGGUACGUCCCGCCAGAAGAUGGCAAAUACAAGGAACUGGUGGUUGGAAAACAGGUUUUUCUUGAAGGAGGUCGCUUCUACCUCAGCGAAACAGGCGCAUACCUUCUCGGUCUUCGCGAUUGA